AUGACUUCAUCAGCUGCGCCGCCAGCCGAUGACUCUCAACGCCCCUUGGCAGAAUCCAUCGCCGUCGCGACCCGGUCCGUCCACGCGAAGCUUAACAGGUUGAUCAUUGCCCGUCUGCCUCUGGCGACCCCUCCCCAUGCCGCCGACCCGUCUAUCUACGUUUCCGGUUUGCUUCACAUCACGCCAGUUUAUGCCACCUUCGAAUCACUAUGGAGGACCAUCGCCGAAUCACCUCAGCCUUCUGUAACUGGAGUGCAAAGAGACGCCUGGCUAGCCCUCGCUUCGCCUGAACCAAACGCUUCAUCGAAACACCCAGCUCCUCUUUGCGAGCGGACACGCUCCAUCUUAACGGCGCUGUACUUGCCGGGACUCAUGCGCUCCGACCGGCUGCGCUCCGACAUUGGAGCCCUUACAGGAUGGUCUCCUGAGGUUGUCGAGGAGCAACUGAAAGCCGUCGCGGAAGCAGGACGACUGGCUGAAUUUACGCACCACGUGAAGCGCACCAUUGAGAAGAAGCCGCACGUCUUGAUGGCGUACUCUUAUAUCCUCUUCAUGGCCCUUUUUGCUGGGGGAAGGUUCAUCAGGGCGGUUCUGGAGUCUGCAGGCCCGGAAUUCUGGGGUCAAGUGCCAGCACCGAUUCCUCCCUCUCAGAAAAGCUGUCAAGCACAUGACCCGAUGGCGGCUGUACCGUCAUCCGCCGCCAUGGGAUCAGUGGACCUGAUGAGGGGUGAUCAUAGAACGAUUCGUGUCGGCACAAAGCACUCUCGUCAAUCCCUCCCACUUGGCUUCUUCCAUUUCGCGACUGUUUUGGACGGCGAGGAUCUGAAAGCGGAGUUUAAGAAGCGGUUGUCGGAAUCCGAAAGUCUGUUGACCCCUCAGGAGAGGAACGAUAUUAUCCAGGAGGCGGUAUGUAUAUUUGACAACAUGCUGCUCCUUGUCGAUCAACUGGACGACGUCUGCGAGACCAGCCUUGAAGAUGGGUCAGCUGCGCCGCCUUGGGCAUCCUUGACGUCUGGUGGUCGUCUGCGCGACAGCCUGGCGGUCGCUCGAGAAAGGAAGAGUGAAAAAACGGGUUUGACAGAACCCGAAGCCAGCGAGAGAUCGAGUUCAUGGGUUUGCAAGCACGCAAGACAAAAGACUCCUGAAACCGCAAACACACAAGGUCUGAGUGACUUGGAAAAGCAGCCACCCGCAUAUUGUCCGGCACCCAAGUCUAUAAGAUUCGGGCCGAAGCUGCCGGUGCCGCACCGAAAGGAGGAUUGCAAGACACGUCCGACCGUUGGCACGACUGAGGUCGCGGCGUCUCAGCAGCGGCUGCUGCCUUGCUCUUCCAUGUAUCUGAUAUCCAACACCAUUCUCGUGGUUGGCCUUGCAGUGGUUGUCAGCAUGAUCUUCUUUUCUAGAAGGUUAGUGGACAAAAAUCAGACGAUAGAGGAAGAGUGGUAG